AUGGACAGAGCAAUGCCGCAAUUCCUACUGAACAUUUCCCUUCCUACUACUCCGCAGCAUGCAUUUGAGCAGGCCGAUACCUUGUUGCUCCAGGCUGCGGACCUGAGAAAUGAGGCUGCAGCACUCCAGGCGCAAAUUGACAUUCUGAAUGCGAGGGCCAACACUCUGACUACGACUGCUGAGGGGCUUCAGACGAUUGCUCUACAAGAUCGCCAGAGUCUUCAAUACAUACUGGAUGGAGCUUUAUUGGUGUUCGAAGACCGCCUUACUACCUACGAGUCAAGACCUCAGAAAGCAGCGAAAUUGAAGGACGUCAAAACUCGUGUGGAAGAUGGCAUGGCCACACUUGAGGAGGUUGAAGAUAUACUCCAAGACCUGCAAAGUUCGCAGGCAAGACAUCGAUCAGAAAGAUCCUGGACGCCCGAACCCGAGAGCCCACCAGCCUCACCAGGGACCCUGGCAACGGCUGAAGACGAAGCCGACAUUGACAGCAGUAAAAAUAGUGUUACCGACAACAAGACAUUGAAACGAAAGAUGCCAGCCGAGUCGGAGGGUGAUGGAGAAGCAGAUAUGGACUUGCCACUAAAGAGAGCGAGGCGUGGAUCCACAACUUCUGACAAUUUUCAUGGGAAUGGUGACACUGAUAAGGAUCACUUGGCUAAUCAGUUUGACAUGCUCGACGAUACCAAGGAUUCCUGGGAUGAUACUUCUCAAUCUAGAGUCACAUCUGACCAGACCGCUGAUUGCGAAUACCCUGGAGAACAAAACCCUUUCAUGCAGAACAACCCUCGUUUCAUCGAUUCAGCACCUCAUGGCUCUGACCCGGUCUACAGUGGCGAAGCCUCUCGCGUGUGCCUCAAAAACUCGGCAAUCGAAACACAUGUUCAGGGCUCACGCAAGCUCAAUAAGCAGGCGAUAUCGAAGCCGAAAAGCGAAAAGUCUCGACAGAGCAAGCGCGACAAGAAGACCAAGAAGGCCGGGCAUGCUGAUCGUGAAAGCAAGUCGUCAGUGCUAGCAGGAUUUGCAGGCGAAGGGCAGAGAUGGACGAAGUCGAGAAUUGGUGACGCGCUCAACAGAGUGUCAAUGCUGGAACCUGGCACAUAUUCUUGA